CUUUGGGUGUGGGGUCUGGUAUAAAAGCAACCAGCGGGUAUGGAGGUAACUGUGGAGUCAUUUAGAGCCAAAACAAUUAUAACUUCAACCAUGACAAUGGGCAAGAUCAUCUUCUAUGAGGACAGGAACUUCCAGGGUCGUUCCUAUGAGACCAGCAGUGAUUGUGCUGAUAUGUCCACCUACCUGAGCAGGUGUCACUCCUGCAGGGUGGAGAGCGGCUGCUUCAUGGUCUAUGACCGCACUAACUACAUGGGAAACCAGUUUUUUGUGAGAAGGGGAGAGUACUCUGACUACCAGCGUAUGGGCAUGAGUGACUGCAUCAGGUCCUGUCGCACAAUCCCAAUGCACAGGGGCCAGUUCAGGAUGAGGAUCUACGAGAGGGAGAACUUCAGUGGUCAGAUGUACGAGAUGAUGGACGACUGUGACAACAUCCAAGACCGCUACCGUAUGAACGACUGCAUGUCCUGCCAUGUGAUGGACGGACACUGGCUGAUGUACGAGCAGCCUCACUACAGAGGCAGGAUGAUGUACCUCAGGCCUGGAGAGUACAGGAGCUUCAGAGACAUGGGCUCCAGCGGCACGAGGUUCACGAGCAUGAGGCGCAUCAUGGAUUCCUGUUAUUAAAAUGUUCCCCAAAAAGCAAAUAAAAU